AUGGCACCUUCUAAAACCAACAAGAGAAAACGAUCAAAAAAAGAUACAAGCGACAAUCAUUAUACUGAUGUGCGAUGGUGUUUUGAAAAUAAAGAUAAUCUGAAUUUUACAGCAUUCGCAGAUCACUUCACACUUACAGACAAACAGUUUGCCUACAAUCGAUAUAUGCGAAUUUUAAAGAAGUAUAUCAAAGUUAAAGCACUUGAAGCCAACUUUGAAAUUUGGAGAAAGUCUGAUUUUGCUGAUGACUAUUGGACCAAGAGGCUCCGUAGCUCAACAGCAAGAAAAUCAGGAAGAAAAGCUGCUGAACACGUUCAUAAAGCCAUUAUAAAUGAAUAUGCACAGUUAGAUGAACACUUAGAGGGUGAGAGUGCCCUCUCAGACACCACUACUGAUGGAUCCGACUAUAUUGAAUCCGAACAGCAUUUUGUCUAUUGGUUGACGUUUGAUGAAUUAAAUGACAAAAGCCUUAAACGAUCAAGCUCAAAAUACGUGCUAAACAAAAAGCAAUCGACGUUCAAUCAAAGAUUGGGACUAUCAUCUAUUACAUUAAUCCCUGCUGAAGAAAUGUUUACUCUUAAGAGGCACAGCCUUAAUGACGAUUGUUACUUGAUGGUCAGGCAGUUUAAGAGAGCCGUGGAAGAGUCAAAGCUUAGUAUUCCUGCUGACUGGAGCCAAUCUUCUGAUAGCCUUAGGCCUCUUUUAUAUUGUGUAUUAACCUAUACAUUGAAUAUUAUCAACAUCGACCGAAAACACGAACAUACGAAGCAGGAUAUUGUCAGAAAGUCAGAGCCCAACUUUAUCAGCAAAUAUGUCGCGAACUUCUUUCAAAAUAUCAUGUUUGCAUACCAAGACAGUUUAUUUUUUCGCUGGGAUACGUGUUCGGAAGUAUAUGAUGAAUCCAAAAAGAAGAAGCGCCCAGAUUUUAUCAUAUGUACAUUUGAUGGUUUUGAAGUCGGUUGCGGCGAAAUCAAACAGCCAGGUACAAACUACAAUGAUGUGGAAGAAGAUCGUUGCCGUGUACCGGAACAACUUAAAAAACAAUUACAUAAGCGGCUCCAGACUGCUUCAGAGGAGAAGGAGUUGGCGACGUUUGGAUGCUUUGUUUUUGGAGAAGAACUUGAAUUAAGCAUGAUGGAAUUUAAACAAGGGAGGUAUGAAUACUCCGUUAUCAAGAAGCUCAAAUUACCGACUAUGUGCUCUACUUUUGAACGCAUGGACCAAUCUCUCGAGUUUUUACUUGGUUUUUUCGACAUAAUUAAAAACACUAUAGUUGGAAAGGAUGGUCCCGUGGAUUCGUCUCUUUUUUUAAAAUACAAACAGCUUUUGAAGCCUACCAUUUCUUUUGAAUAA